AUGGCUUCGAGCUCCGCGAUCUUCGGCGCAAAGGUCAAGCAAGCAAUGACGAUGACGGAGAAGAUCCUUGCGCGGGCAUCAGAGAAGACGCAUCUGGAACCUGGAGAGAAUGUUUGGGUGACUGUUGAUGUCUUGAUUACUCAGAAGACGCAUCUGGAACCUGGAGAGAAUGUUUGGGUGACUGUUGAUGUCUUGAUGACUCAUGAUGUCUGUGGCCCUGGGGAUGUUUGGGAUCGUGAAAAGAUUGUUGUGAUACCAGAUCACUAUAUAUUUACUAGUGAUGAAUGUGCAAACAGGAAUGUGGAUAUUUUGAGGGACUUCUGCUUAGAGUGGAACAUUAAUAUGCUUGUUAUUUCUUAUGUUCCUUUUUCAAAACUGCGGGCUAAUCCAGAUUACAAAGGUGUAUGCCACAUUAUGCUUGCACAAGAACACCAUUGUAGACCCGGGGAGGUUUUACUCGGCACAGACUCCCACACAUGUAAUGCUGGUGCUUUCGGGAAAUUUGCUACUGGAAUUGGCAACGCCGAUGCAGGUUUUGUCAUGGGAACUGGGAAGCUCCUUUUGAAGAUGGACGAGAGGAUGACUUUGUGCAACAUGGUCAUCGAAGCUGGGGGUAAGAAUGGGGUUGUUUCUGCUGAUGAAACUACAUUCAAGUGCCUUGAGAUCUUUGGUCUUGACAAGAUCUAUGAAUCUGUAUCAAGAUGUUUGGAAAUAAUUUCUGAGCACUUUAGGAGCCACAUUGCUCUAGCAAGAGAGUGCAAGGGCAUCAAAAGUGACAGGGCCUACAUAGGUUCUUGCACUGGUGGAAAGAUGGAGGAUUUUUUAGCUGCAGCAAAGGUGUUCCUAGCUUCAUAUAGGAAACCGGAAAAUAGGUAUGAAUGGAUAUAUAGCCUCCCGGUACCAAGUUCUGGCAGGAAGACUUGUUCUCAAAUAUUUGAGGAGGCUGGUUGUGAAGUUCCAUGCCUAUUUGUUUCUACCACAAAUAGGAACUUCCAUGGCAGAAUGGGUCACAAAGAGGGUCAGAUGUAUCUUGCUUCACCAUAUACGGCUGCUGCUUCAGCUUUGACAGGAUACGUUACUGAUCCAAGGGACUUCUUUCCGUGA